AUGAAGACACUGUUUUUAGCUGCGCUGGUCUUCGGACUGACAAGCGCAAGUCCGGGGUCCAACCUCGCUCGCAUGGCGGACACGUUCAUCCGGAUCGGGGUCAGAAAAGUCUUUUACUACAACGAGGCGACCCUCUACACGGGCUUCGAGGCCGCUUACAACCUGACGGGCAACGCCAGCCUGGUGAGCUGGUACCGCGACCAGAUGGACGAGGCGGUGGUGCUCGCCGACGGCACGAUCCGGGACUGGCGGCUGGACUACUACUCGCUGGACGACUACCGCAUCGGCAACAACCUGCUCUGGUGGUACGAGCGCACGGGAGACGCCAAGUACCGCACGGCGGCGGACACGAUCCGGCGGCAGCUGGACAGGCACCCGCGCACGCCCUCGGGCGGGUUCUGGCACCGCGCGCCCGUGUACGAGAACCAGAUGUGGCUCGACGGCAUCUUCAUGGCCGACAGCUUCUACGCGCGGUGGACGGCGCUGUUUGACGGGGACAACGCGACGGCGUGGGAUGAUGUCGCGCGCCAGUUCGACACCAUCGAGAGCCGGACGAGGAACAAGACGACGGGCCUGCUGGUGCACGGCUACGACGAGGCCAGGAGGGCCGUCUGGGCCGAUCCGGUCACGGGCGCGGCGCCGCUGGUGUGGAGCCGCGCCGUCGGGUGGUACCUCCUCGCUCUGACCGAGGUCAUCCCGCUCAUGCCGGCGGCGCACCCGGGGCGGGAGAGGCUGGCGGGGUACUUCGUGACGCUGGCCGAGGGUCUGAAGAAGGCGCAGGACCGCGAUUCGGGGGGCUGGUGGCUCGUCAUGAGCGAGCCGUAUCCCGGGAAAGAGGGUAAUUAUCUGGAGAGCAGUGCCGCGGCCAUGUUCACCGCUGGUCUGCUGCGCGGCAUCAAGCUCGGGCUGCUGGAGAAGGGCAAGUUCUACCGCACUGCGGACAAGGCGUACCGGCAUCUGGUUGAGCGCUUCGUGACGGAGAAUGAGGAUGGCAGCAUCACGUGGGAGGGCACCGUGCAGGUCGGGUCCUUGAGUGGGAAUGGAACAUACGAGUACUACAUCUCGAUUCCCACCGUGCGCAACGACGCCAGGGGUGGAGGCGCUUUUAUGCUGGCGUCGUACGACAUGGCAACACUGAAGUAG